GUGACAGCUCUCAGGUCUACAAUGAACGCUUGCAAACGGCAGGGGAGGAGGGAGGACAAACACGGCUACCCCAAAAAUAGGAGGAAAAAGAAGAGCGUUUACAUCCUUCUUAGGGACCGUUCAGGAUCCCACACUUGUGGCCUGGAUUUUUUGUGUGCAUCUCGUGAUUAACCGCGUGCACCAAUCUUUUGGGCUGUGGUGGUGAUAUUUAAUUUCUCCUCGGGAUGCCGUUUGUGACUUAAGUGAAUUAUGCAACAAGGGAACUGAACAUUAGGGACGGCUGCUUCCUCUUCCAGAUCUCUUUCAUGCAAGAGACAAGAACCAGCAACCUAUAGAAGGAGACUCAGUUUAGAAAAAUUAAAAAGACACCAAAGAAAGUAACACAAAGACCCACAAAUGAAGUGUGAGAAUUGCACCAAAAAGGAAUGUAGCAAAAAACAGAAAAAUGACGACAAGCAAAAUACAGCGGCUGAUGUUCUCAACUCAAAUAAUGAAAAUGAAGAGAUAAGUGAAUACCAUAAGCUGGCUAAUGCCAAAAUUUUCCUUAGUGACUGCCUAGCUUGUGACAACUGCAUAACUCCAGAUGAAGCAGUCAGAGUUUUUCAGCAGAAUCAGAAGGAGCUCUUCCAUGUACUGAAUCUUAACAAGAAAUGCGAUACCUCAAAACACAAAGUGUUGGCAGUCUCUAUAUGCCCUCAGUCCCUGCCUUAUUUUGCUGCUAAAUUCAGUCUCUGUGUAAGCGAAGCAGCCAAGAGGCUUUGUGGUUUCCUCAAAAGUCUUGGAGUACAUUAUGUCUUUGACACCACAAUAGCUGCUGAUUUUAGUAUUCUGGAGAGCCAGAAAGAGUUUGUGCAGCGAUACCACCUUCAGAAUCAAGAAGAGAAUGCCUUGCCAAUGUUUGCUUCAGCUUGCCCAGGUUGGAUCCAGUAUGCAGAAAGAGUCCUCUCCAGUCUUGUAACGCCACACAUUUGCACUGCAAAGUCACCACAGCAGAUCAUGGGUUCCCUUGUUAAGGGUUAUUUUGCCGGGCAGCAGAACCUAUCUCGUGAUAAAAUUUUCCAUAUAAUUGUGGCACCUUGCUAUGACAAAAAGCUUGAAGCCUUGCGAGUAGAUUUCUACACCCCUUUGUACAACUCUCAAGAUGUUGAUUGUGUUUUAACAUCAGCUGAAAUCUUCGAGAUAAUGGAGCAAAGAAAAAUAUCACUGAAAGAAGUAGAUGAAGUGGCCUUUGACACCCUGUUUAGUGGAAUAAAGGAGGGUGAGUUAAUCCAGCAUGAUGGAAGGAGGUCAGAUGGUUACCUGGAGCACAUAUUUAAACAUGCUGCAAAGGAGCUAUUUGAUACUGAAGUGAAAGAAAUCACGUACAAAGUACUAAAAAACAAAGACUUCCAGGAGGUCACACUCGAAAAGGAUGGUGAGAUAGUGUUACGUUUUGCAGCAGCAUAUGGAUUUCGAAACAUCCAAAACAUGGUCCUAAAGCUGAAAAAAGGAAAGUGCUCCUACCAUUUUGUAGAAGUUUUAGCCUGCCCUGGAGGAUGUUUAAAUGGGAAGGGUCAGGCUCAGACUGAAGAUGGAAAGCCAGACAAGGCACUGCUCCAUCAGAUGGAGGAUGUGUAUGCUGCAGUACCUGUCCGGCUUCCUGAAACCAAUGGGUAUGUGCAGAAGCUUUACCAGGAGUGGUUGGAAGGGAUGGAUUCCAUGAAGGCCUGGGAAUCAUUACACACUAAAUACAACACAGAAAAGCCAACUGCCAACAGUCUGGAUAUCAAAUGGUGACCAAUCAGAUUACAAGACUUGCAUUAGGUCUGAUGUACAUGCAGCACUGGAAAAUAUUCUAUGCAACUGAAGAUCUGAGGCACUGAUUGAAUACAUGAACAGUACAAAGAACUGGUACUGCCUUUCUUCCUGUUGGAACUUGUAUGGUCACAUUAUUGCUUGAUUCCUUGUAUAUUUUGAAUGUCUUUAUUUAAUCAGAGGCCACUAUUGUAUGUGCAUGUGUAUCUGAACAGGUUUUGUAAUGCACAGCAAGUCUCUCAUCCUCCAGCAGUGGAGGGGGGAUAGCAGAAUUGAGCAGGGAUGUGCAGAACGUUCCUAGCUCAAAAUGUACCAAGUCAAAAUGGGCCGUUUUGAGUGUUCCAAGCUCGAAACAGAAUGCCCCUCAAAUGAAGGGCCUGUUUAGAGCGCAGAAUGAAGUGAUCCCGUUCCAAGUUGGAACAUUCCAAGUGCCCCGAGCGCCAUUUUGGCGGGCUGUUUUCCCCUUGCUCCUGUUUCUGGCUCUGGCUUCCAACUGGGUUGCGAUCACUUUGCAUCUAUCAUACAGGCUUGAUGUUUAUAACAAGCCAACCAAGAAGCAAGGAGAUAGUAAUCCAGUCAGAAGCCAGUGCCAAAAACAGGAAGCAAGGGGAAAAGAGCCCACCAAAAUUGUCCUUGGAACACUUGAAAUGUUCCAAACUCAUUGCAUCAUUCUGAUUGAAUAUUCCUGGGAUUUACAUUCUGUUCCGAGCUCAGAAGGGAAUGCAAAUCCCAUUCCAUGUAUAUCCCUAGAAUCAAGGCAUGUCAGUCAUGUGCUUUGAUUCUGCUCCUUUGGUACAAGAAUUUUUUGUGCUAAAAACCCAACACCAUGGAUUUAAUUGUUCUCAAAAGGUUUUAUGUUAGAUGUAUAGUUUAUUUGAGAUUUUGGAUCAACACCAAACAGUAUAAGUUACCAAAAUAUGACAGACCAACUAAACAGUAAUGUAAUUUCCGAUCCCAUUUUACUAUAUUAAGGGUAUUCUAGUGAAAUUGAGUUGUGCAAAGAGAAAUUCUAGAAAUGCUGCACCCUGUGCUCAUGAAUUUCCUUUUUGCUGCUUUCAUUCAGUUUGUUGAACUUGCCCAAAUAGUGAUGUUCUGUUCUCUCUCUUGUCAUAUUUUUCUGAAAUUAUUUUUAUUCUGUUCUCCUACGCUUGUGAAUACUGGGAUCCUUAUCUUUAGGAGAGGGUAAGAUUGUGUGCCAGCCAGGUCGAACACUAUAUUUAGCAAAUCUGCCUAGUUGUCAGAAGUUCAGAGUGAAGUCAUUAAUCAAGGGAGUCAUAAGGUGAGGCAGCAAAUAGGUGCAGGUUAGAUCACUAGGUGAAAUGGACAAGAUUGAGCAAAGCCAAGUAAGUCCAAAGUAAGUCCGAGCAAGUCCAAAAUAUCUUGAAGGAAGUUAGCAUACUUUAUUGAAGUGAAGCCUGCCUAAUGUCAAAGCCUGCCCUUCAUGACACCUUAAGUCAAGGAUCAUUCGCCAACUUUCUACACAGACAUUAAACCUAUUCACACUGAGACUUUUCUUGAUUGUUGCCAAGUCCAAAUAUUGGCAAUAGCUUCUGGCUUAUGGUCAUUAUAGCAAGAGUAGAAGAGAAAAACUGUUGUGUUUUUCUCUGCUACUUUGUCAAAAUAGUUUAUAGCCUGAGAUGAAUAUGUGAUUCCUGCCUUGGCAUGUGUUCACACAAUUAUGCUAAUGUCGGUAACACACAUUAACCCUAGAUUCAAACAAUUGUGUGAACCAGGCUUAAACCUCUAAUCAGAGGGCACUGGUGCUUUACUCCUCUCAAAUAAGAUGCCUGUUUAAAUUCUCUGUCUGGUUCCCACCAAAGACCAAUGGAAUUUUCACCCAGGAACAGCCAAAUAGGGAAGAGGUGUGGGAAAUUGUGCCAUAAUAAAGGAGCUCAGUUUUGUGGUUAGAAAUGUGGAAUAUACGUCCACAUAUAUUCUGUGGACAUAAAUCCACAUUUUCUGCGUAGAUUUGACAAACGGAUGCAAAAAUGAGACUCUGUGUUUCAAUCAUUUUCUAGUUGUAUCUUUGAAGGGGGGGAAAGGUUAAACUUUGAAACGGGUGUAGGAAUUAAGCACCGAUUGAAACCAACCUCUGUGCUAGGAAAAGAACUGAGAACAAUUGAGGGCUCGUGGGCAUGCUACUGCAUUCAAAUCAAAAGGGUGUAUCUAUAUGGUACUUUCUUAGGGCACGAGAUGCAGUGUUUGGGUACAACACUCAACCAAGUCCUUCAGCACUUCAGAAGGAGGUUAGCAUACUUUAUUGCAGUGAAGCCUGCCUAAUGUCAAAGCUUGCCCUUUAUGACACCUUAAGUACUGCAGCCUGCACAGCUUCCUGUUUCAUCCUGAGGCUAUGCAGGGGGGAAAGGUACUGGCCGUCUCCAGCGGCAUGUUGCACAUUCCCAGUUCUGCACCACCAUCCUAAACUGAAGCAGGAGAAGCUGCCAUGUGGAUGUACCUGAAGAUGUCCAAAUUCUUGAGUUAAGGCAAAAGCACAGUCUUUGGAAUGUUCAAGCUAUAGUGGCAUUAAAUUUAAAAGUCUGUUUUCUUAGUUCAUUAGGAUACCCUCAAAAUUUGUUCAAUGCAAUUAUAGUCUUAUAAUUCAAUUUUAUUUUUUUACAUGUGUAUAUAUGUAUAGAUGACAUUCUGUUUUAUUUUCCUUACAGUUUUGUAUACAGGUUUCAGUUGUUGUUUGUGAAAAAAUAUAUGUACAUGAUUGUCCUUGAAAAAUGUAGUUCUCAGUAUAGAUUUUUAAUUUAAUUUUAGAGGCUCAAAACAUUCCAUGAUCACAAAUCCCCAUGCAGUAUGUUACCUGCCCUUUGCUGUGAUAGAACAGGAGUUACUCUUCUGUGCCAAAAUGGAAGCUUCCAAGUGUAAAUCUAGAGGCUAGAGAAAGGCUUUGGGGCUAUUCACAUGAGUGGGUGGAAGGGGAAGCUGGGCCAACUCACCUUCCCCUCAGAUGAGCAAUCAAACAUUGCUGGGAGCGUGAACCGCACUCCCAGACAAUCCACACUAUGCCACGCAGCACAGAGCUCCAGAGGCCAGGACAAAGUGUCCUGGCCUCCUGAUAUCCCACAGUGCACCAAAUGACAUGUGCAGUGCAUUGGGGGAUUCCCCCAAGAGACAGGUGCUCUAGGCACCCAUCUCUGUGUCUGCUCGGGCUGAGUGUAGCCUGAGAGAAUACACAAUCCCAGAGCCGGGAUUAAGGGAGCAUUCAUGCCUUUAACUCCUGCUAAAAGCCGAGCUUAAAAACUGAGUUAGGUGGCAUUGCCCGACUGGGAUUGGGCCUAAUCCUGGCAGUUCUCACGCACAGCCUAACCCAGGCUGGGCUUCCCUAGCCUGGGUUAGACUGUGCAUGAGAACAGCCUCUUUGUCAAUGUCCUUAACACAUUGCUAAACAUUAAUAUCCCAUGCCACUGUAUUGCUUCGGUUAUGCCCAUGUUGGUUGGUAGCCAGAGUAACAGGAUGACAUAAGAUCUGUCACCAAGAGUACAAUCUCUUCUCACUCAGGGUGUGAGUAAUGUAACUGGGUACACUUAUUUUUUAAAGGCGCAGUUAGGCUCCUGUGUUGAUGCACAUAAAGCGCAUGUUAUUUGUAGGCCAGAAAAUGAAAGACUGCAGGACUUCUGGCUUGGAGAUCUAAUUUGAUAGUCCACUGUCCGAUGACAGCAGAGGCUUUUCUCAGCUUUCCCUACCCACAGCCAGUAGGCCGUCUAAAUGAAGCAGGGUGAUGCCACUUUCAUACAUCCUAUGUCUAGUAGAGCUAAGGAAACACUUUCCCACCUUUCAAGGUGUAUCAACAAUGGUGAUACAUUGCUAAUAUUAAAUAUUUUCUUAAACAAAACAGAAAUGAGAUCAUUACUUACCCUAGGUACGUAUCUUGCAACAGAAAAAUGUUAUAUAACAAAUAGUAACAGCAUUCAACUCUACAAGAUUUAUCCAUAACUCAGAGGAGGAUUCACCCACUGAAUAUUUACACAGCACACUCCCAUGAGCAAAGGUGGCUAACACCAUUAGGAGCAAGUAGUCAACUACUCCCUUAAAAAGGGAAAGCUUCUUGACUUCAUUUACUAGAAUAAUACAUGCAUUUAGGUAAGAUGAAGGCAUACUCCCCAUGCCUCUGAAACUAGAUUGAACCCAUGGAACCCAAGCCAUUAACUUGAAAAUAAACCCUUUCAUGAUAAUUGCAUUAUUAGAGCACCUUAGUUCAGUACUGCAGUCUAAAAAUUAAAAGUUCGCAGUUGUUGAUUAUGGGCGCAAUCCACCAAAUCACAACUCUGGAUUCAUUACAGUUCAUUGAAGCAAUCAAUGAUGAAGUACAUCUAGUCUAGUGCAUGCAGCCCUUUGUUUUCCAGAAACGGGUAGUCCUGUGCUUCUCCAGAGCUUGAAGUAAAUUGAUUUAUGAACUUCAAACUUAUUACAAAUGCUGUUAGUGGGUCUGCUUUGCUUGAAAAGCACUGGUCAAUCCCCUUCUGCGCAAACUAGUAAUGUUCUUAAGGAUAGCCUGCAAUAAUGCUUUAUCAUUUGAAAGUUGUUUUGGAAACAAUACAUUCUGGACUCACGGCAUCUGAAGAGUUUUUAAAAGCAGGCAUACACACACAAUAUAAGCGGUGGGGAGGGGGGACAAACAGCAUUUGGAAAAAAUGGAAAAUAAUUUUUUAAAAAAACCCUUAGCCAAGAUUUCCCCCUUAUAAUGCCAUAACACAUAAUGUCAUAACAUAGUCAGUCAGCCAUAACAUAAUGUCAUAUUGCUGCCUCAGUCUCAUACAGCCCAGUGCAAAACUUUAUUUCUUGAAAGUAUGUAUCUCUAAGCUUACUGGGCUUACUUCCUGGGAAGUACCAUAUGUUUAGGAUUGCUGCCCUAAAGCCAUCCAUGGAAGUAAAUGUGAUUUACAGGCAUUUAAUAUGGGGUUUUGGGUGGGGCCUAGUGUAAUGUAUGUUUUGAACAAUGGUACUAUGUACAUGUAUUCUAUUCUAGAAGUUUAGUAAGCAGAAUAUCCAAACCAUGUAUUAACCACCUGGGGUCUUGAAAAGGGAUCAAUAGAUGUUAUAAAGAUAUUCUGGUAGGACUUCAGAGCCAAAGGAGAUUGUACAUUUUUAACUGCUGUACCCAUAAGUGACUGCAGUCUUUGACUGAGAUGUAGUGUUUGUUUUCCAUCUCUGCCUUUACAACAUGAUUGUAUCUGGCCAACAGUCAGUAGUCUCAAUUCUUUUCAAUGGAGUAUGACUUUGAAAUGCUUAAAUAAAAAUACUCUGCUGAA